AUGGGGCAGGUGUUGCAGCCACACAGUUGUAGGUCAGAUUGUGCAGCCAGCAACCUGCGAGAAAAGGGAAGGCGGAGGAAGAGGAAGGGAGGUGACGAAGCCGAAGAGGAGGAAGAGGAGGAGGAGGAGGGAGGUACAUCCUCUGGUAAGAAGAGGAAGAGAAGGAUUCUCUUCAGUAAGUCUCAGACCUACGAACUAGAGAGAAGGUUCCGGCAGCAGCGGUACCUCUCAGCACCAGAGAGGGAACACCUGGCCUCUCUUAUCAACCUCACGCCCACACAGGUGAAGAUCUGGUUCCAGAACCACCGGUACAAGACCAAGAAGCAGCGGGCGGACCGGGGCACAGGUAUGGACCUGACGCCCAUGACGUCCCCUCGCCGAGUCCCUGUACCGGUUCUUGUCAGGGACGGUAAACCUGUCCCGCCCACCCACCACCACCACGCCCACCACCAGUUCAACACCUCCACGCCUGGCCUCUUCUCCCCGCCCACGCCCUACACGCCGCCCUUCCUCGACGUGGGCGGCUAUUACCACCAGGCGGCCGCCCACAUGAGGGGUAUGACCACCACCUCCGCCCACUCUGGCUACCCCAUGACGGCGCCCACAGUGUACUCCUCACCAGGCUUCCAGCCUACCCAGUUCACCACCCACGCCCUCACGCCCGCACCCACGCCUGCAGCUACGCUUCACUAUGCCGCCCCUACGCCCAUACCAGAUGCGUCAGAGUCUGACCUCACGCCCACGCACUUCCAAACCUCAAGUUUCCCCUAUCAAACCUAAAUAUAUAUAUAU